AUGCUCAAAGGAAAGCCUUCUGGUACAUUACAGCGAGUUUGGGAGUUUGUGAAAACAUUCUCCGACUGGAUUCUCCUGGGCGUCGGCGAAGCGUUGGCCCAGUUUCUGGGUGAUAGAAUGCCUUAUGCACAGCUAUUUUCCGUACUGGAUCCUACAAUUUCAUUUCCAAAGGCCGAGCACGAAAAGGUUCCAGCAUUCAUGCUCUACGUCUACGCCUUUGCGGUCCCAAUAGCGGUCCUACUCGUAGUAAACUUGGCUUUCGGACCAGGGAACCUCGUACGAAGAGCGAAACUCCUCAACUGGAGCGUCCUCUGCCUAGGUACAUCCGUCAUCUUCGCCCAGCUCUUUACAGAGUUUGUCAAGUUUAUCAUCGGACGACCCCGUCCAGACUUUCUCUCGCGCUGCCAGCCCGAUGCCGCACGCGCCCAAGCAGCAUUUACGGCAACGGCUGUCACGCUCUUCAGCUCGACAAUCUGCACGACAACAAACACAAAGGCACUCAACGAUGGAUUCCGCUCUUUCCCCUCUGGCCACUCGAGCAUGUCCUUUGCAGGCUUGACAUUCCUUUCCCUCUUCCUUGCCGGUCGUUUCAGACUGUUUGCUGCACACACCGUCCACGGCAAGCAUCUCUGGGCAUACGCAAUCUGCGCUGCACCGCUUCUCCUCGCAUCCUUUGUCACUUCAUCACGCGUCUCAGACUUUAGACAUCGUGGUACAGACGUCUUGGCGGGUGCAUCCCUUGGCGUCUUCUUUGCCAUCUUAGCAUAUCGCUACUAUUUCCCGUGGCUGGGGAGCCCGCUCGCCGGAACGCCAUGGAUGGUACUCAGAGAGGAAGGUGAACAAGGUAUUGAAGGAUACAAGACGCGUUCACGAUCCGGGUCCAAUGGAGGUGCCCCGCUCUUGCCUACAACCGCACAGCAGAGCUACCGAGAAGCCGCAACACCGUACACACAGACUGGAGAUCAUAUGGAGUUGCAACCAGUUCCAACAAUCAACGUGCACGAAGCCUCGUAUCCUCCGCCAAACCAUUAA